GCGAAAAAUUUGAAAUUUUCCUGAUUGGUGAAAACAAAUUGUCCCAAGCCGGAUGAAUUCGGAAUGAAAGAUUUCGUCUUUUAGAGGAGAGCGGGUAAUAAAGUGAGAGAGAUAUAGGAAAGGUUCUUAGACGACCACGUGGACGUCAUUUGGAUAAAAACGCUCCAGUCUAUCCUUUACCCCUCUGCUGAUAGUGUUUCACGUGGUGUUUCCUAACGGUGUACAACUAUAUAGCCAUAGAACAAUUCGAAUAUUAAAACAAUGCAUAAACAAUUCAUUCAGAAUUUGAUAAUUCUAUUGGUCGAAUUCACGAAAUUUGACAACGUAUGACAGGUUUAAGUUCGAGGUUAAUUUCAAGGGACGUACACUGUGCUAAAUUUUUGGCGAACUUUUUACCUUAGUGAACAGUUAAGCAUUGAAAAAAUAUUCAAAAUGAGCUUCAAUAAAUCAAAAGAAAUAAUUGAGGAGGGUGACACUGUGGUGCUGUAUUUGAAUCCACAGAAUAUGCACUCUUUCGAAGUGUGCCAAAAAAUAAAAAAUAAAAGAGGUGAUCUUGUAGAUAAUGUUUUUCAAACAACUUACGGAGCCCUUAAAGUUCCUUCGUUAGUUGGCAAAAAAUAUGGUAGCAAAGUUGAAAUGUCUAGGGGGUGGGCUUUUGUAUUACAACCUACGCCGGAAUUAUGGACAGUCACUUUGCCUCAUAGGACACAAAUUAUUUAUACUCCAGAUAUUAGUCUCAUUAUUCAUCUUUUAGAAUUAGCACCCGGAAAAAUUGUCAUAGAAACAGGAACUGGAAGUGGAUCUCUAUCCCAUUCUCUCAUUCGCACAAUAAGACCAAACGGUCAUUUGUAUACGUUCGAUUUUCAUGAACAACGAGUGGAACUAGCGCGUGUUGAAUUCGAACAACACGGACUCAAAGAAUAUACCGAUGUUGGGCACAGAGAUGUUUGUCUUGAAGGAUUUGGUGAAAAACUUGAGCACAAAGUCGACGCUGUUUUUCUCGAUCUUCCUCAUCCCUGGCAGAUGAUUGAUCAUGCUGUCAAAGCUCUCAAAAAAUCCGGAGGAAAACUUUGUUCUUUUUCGCCUUGUAUAGAGCAAGUUCAGCAGACUUGUCUUCGACUCAAAGCAGCUGGGUUCGUCGAUAUAAAAACUCAUGAAUGUCUUCAAAGAGAGUUGUCAGUAUUAUUCAAAAAUGUACCACGUUUGGAACUGGAAUGUUUGAAAGAAAAGCACACCGAGGGCGAAGUUUCAAAAAAAAAGGAAAAUUGUAAUCGUGACCAGGAUAAAAUAUUGACAGUGACGCAUUCGCACUCGAUGCCAGGUCACACGGGAUAUAUUACGGUCGCUACACUUCCGCCAAUUUUCGCCCGGGUGAUCGAGGAGCGAGAUGAUUUUUGUCAAGAGUAG